GGUGGGUGCCAGGAGAAGUGUCUGGGCGCAGGGGCUCUGCAAAUGCAUUGAGCCAAGCCCCUGCCCUCCUCCUCCUUUCCACACCGGGGUACCCUGUGUCCUCCCAUGGGGUCACCUCUCAGGGGUCCAUACCCACACUGUGCCAUGGGUGCUGCCGGCUUUAGGACCGCCUUUCCCAUCACUUCUGCUUUUGGGGCAGCAGAAGUCCCAGCGUGCAGGCUCGGAGGAGCAGGGCAGUGAAGUGCUCCCGGGACCACCACCCUGGUAGAGGAGCAGGAGGCCGCUUUCUGGGGUGCACGCAGCCCCUGGGCCCUCAGUGGCAGCCGGUGACAGCGUCACGUCCUCCCCUUGCAGGGCUCCAAAACCGCAGCCACAUUUCCUGCCCGCCCCAGUGGGGAGCUGCAGGCGGAGCGCAGCCCACGACGCCCCUGGGGUUGGGACUGGGGCCCUCAGUGGUGACGGCCACCGGAGCUGCAGCUCGGGGUUGCGUGACGUCCCCCGGCACAGGUCCCAUGGCACUGGGCUGCGCUGUGCUGCUGGCACUGCUGCUCAGCACCCUGCAGGACUGCAGGGCCCGGCCCACGGAGCAGGGCCUGCAGUGGGUUUGGGGGGCAGCAGAGCAAGCCCCGGCCGAGCCCCCGCUGCCCUCCCGCAGGAGAAGGGCUGACACUGGACCCCACAGCACCGCCGUGACACCCAUUGGCAGCGAGACUACAUCCCCUGGGCAUGACAUGCUGAUGGGCAUGGAGCCAGGCAAUGCCACCAGGCAGCCCAAGGCCUUGGUGGUCACCACAGCGAAUCCAUUGGAUGGUUCCCCUGAGCCUCACAAGCUGCUGGGCGCAGAGCUGGACAAUGCCACCAGCCAGGCCUUGGUGCUGACCACAGACGGUUCCUUGAAUGAGACCAAUUCCCCCCAGCCCCUCGUGCUCUUGGGCACAGAGCCACCACCAAAGCCAGGCAACACUCCCAGGCAAGGCAAGGCCUUGCCGGUCACCACAGCAAAUCCUUUGAAUGAGACCAACACCCCUGAACCCAUUUCACUGCUGGGCACAGAGCUGCCACCACGGGUGGGCAACAGCACCAGCCAGGCCAAAGCCUUGGUGGUCACCACAACGGAUCCUCCGUAUGAGACCGACUCUCCUGAGCUAGUGCCCGGCACAGCACCCCAAAGUGGCAGCACCGUCGUGCCCAGCCAGCUCAUGGAAUCCACCUCAUGGGAGGUGAACACAACACCUUUGUCCACGGAACGAUGGCGGACCACAGCGCCGGGCCCCUCUGAUGACCUGUGGGACAACAGCUCGCUGAUUAACAAAUGCCUGCUGGCCAUCCUGCUGCUGGCGCUGGUGGCCGGGCUCUUCAUGGUGUGCACGGCAGUGCUGGGCACCCUGCUUUGGCGGCGGGUGAGGACGGCGCGUCAGCAGCUCAGCCCCACCGAGAUGGUUUGCAUCUCCUCCCUGCUGCCCGACAGCGAGCGCGCUGCCACCAAUGGUCCCCGGCUUGGCGUCCCCCUGCGUCACAAGCUGCUGGUCGAUGCUGGUUCUGAAGCUGAUGGUGACAACCUGACGCUCAGCAGCUUUCUGCCAGAUCAUUCCUGAAGCAUCAUGGGGAUGGAACAGCGUGGGGCCCACCCCUUGUGCCACCAAUGUCCCCGCUGGAAUCAUACAGAAGAGACUCAUCCGCCCCAUUAAAACGGCUCUGCUACACAGA